AUGCCGUCUUCGGAAUGGCCGACUCAAACCGAUCCGCUGGUACACGAAACUGAGCUCGACCAAAAGUCUCACGUUCUCAGUCAUCUCAUGCGAUCGGUCAAACCCUGGGAUCUCGCCUCGCGAUAUUCCUCGUGGACAAAAUUGAUUCGCAUCACCGCGUAUGUAAUGCGGUACAUUCAUCGCUUGCGUCAUCCCAUUGUAUUACAUCAGAGAUUCAAAACCAAUUCAGCCGCAUUGACCGCUGACGAAUGCCAGAAAGCGAAAGAAUUCUGGCUAAAACGAAUUCAAGAAAAUGUUUUUCCGCUCGAACGAGACGCGUUAUUAAAUAACAAAAAAAUCUCGUCAAGAAGCGCGCUCUUAAUACUCAAUCCGUUUAUUGGCGACGAUCAAUUAAUCCGCGUUGGCGGGCGGUUAUCUCACGCCUCCAUUCCAUUUACAGCAAAGCACCCGGUAAUCCUUGCUUCUCAUCCAUUGAUUAAAUUAAUCAUUCGGCAUGCUCAUUUACGAUCGCUCCAUGCUGGAACGCAAUUAACUCUUGCCACCUUACGACAGGAGUUCUGGAUUCUGCGCGCUCAAACUUUAAUAAAAUCCGUCAUUCAUCAAUGCGUAGCCUGUACUCGCGAAAAAGCCGUUUAUCCCGUGCAACUCAUGGGAAAUUUACCUUCCGUACGCGUUAACGCUCCCACUCGCGCGUUCUUGCAUUGCGGGUUGGAUUACGCCGGACCCGUGUCAAUUCGAGCAUUAUCCGGUCGCGGACGCUCUGCUACCAAGGCUUACAUCGCGCUAUUCGUUUGCAUGGCCUCCCGAGCCGUACAUCUCGAAGUCGUGGACGGUUACUCCACUUCUGCGUUUUUGGGAGCUUACGCGCGAUUCUGUGCAAGACGAGGACUUCCUGAGUCGAUCUACUCCGACAAUGGUACCACGUUUGUCGGAGCCGAUCGCGAACUUGCCGCUGCAUUUCGCGCAACGCUCCGAGAUCCGAAUCUAUUAAAUCGCACUGCUUCCGAGAAAGUUCAAUGGCAUUUUCUGCCGCCUUCAUCUCCUCACUUCGGCGGAUUGUGGGAGGCUGGAGUGCGGAGCGUAAAACAUCAUUUACGCCGGGUAAUGGGGACACACACUCUGACCUUUGAAGAGUUUACGACUCUCUUAUGCAAUAUUGAAGCGUGCCUUAACUCGCGACCGAUCGCACCGCUUCAUGACACGGUCGAAGAUUACGAGCCACUUACUCCCGGUCACUUCUUGAUCGGAUCCGCGUUAACUGCGAUUCCAGAACCUUCCGUUCUUGAAAUCAAAGAAAAUCGUCUGUCGCGAUGGAAAAUCGUUCGACAACUCACCGAGAGAUUUUGGAAACUUUGGCAACACGACUAUGUCAACACAUUGCAACAAAGAUUUAAAUGGAAUAAGCUCGCGCAAAAUGCUAUUCACGUCGGACAACUCGUCCUGCUUCAUAACCCUUUGCUACCGCCCUGCAAAUGGGAGUUAGGUCGCAUAAUACAAUGCCACGCUGGCCUAGAUGGAUUAGUCCGCGUCGUAACCGUCAAAACCGCGUCAUCCACGUAUAAGCGUCCAAUAGUCAAAAUAUGUUUAUUACUUAUCAAUGUCGACAAGUUAGAAACCACUGCGACGACAUGCAACGGAUUAAUGUAA